AUGGACAACUUUACCGCUGUAACUAGGGAUGCUAUAGAGCACAUGGUGUCUAUACGUGGAGCUGAUAUGGAUAUUCCAGAUCUUAGUAAAGAACUCGCCCAGUGGGCAACCGAGUGUAAGUGCUUGGAAGCUGGGGUACUAAUACAGCUGCCCGAUCAGCUCAACUGGAUAAGCGCCGCUCUGCCGAGAAGGAGGUCGCGGGUUCAAACUCCGGCCGGACCAACACUCAGGGUCUUAAAAUAACUGAGGAGAAUGCGCUGCCUUUGUUAUGAUAUCGGCAAAUGGUUAGACAUUCUUGUCUUCUCUGACAAAGACGAAAAACCGUAGGCCCCGUCUCACAGCUCUCUCAUUGUUCUUUGUCUUGUGGGACGUAAAAGAACCCACGCUGCUGUUCGUAAAGAGUAGGGGGCGUAGACCCCGGCGGUGUGGGACAACCUUUCAUGGGCUGGGUGGGUAAUGAAGGGGUUGAUAUCAGUUGGGACGCAAGUCCUGUUUCAUCCCCUGUCACUGUGUUGAGACACCGUGACGAAUUUCAAUAAAGCAAUAAAGUAAUACAAUAAUCACACAAAGCAUUAAAGUUUUGUAGUUAACCCUCCACAAAGCGACCACCUAUUAGGUGGCCACCCUCUUUUUAGCGGCCAGUGAAUGAAAGUCCCCCAAAAUUGUAGAAAAAACCUCCCUUUUGUGGCCACUUCCAUCAAGCAGCCGCGUCCACUUUCCCGAAGAGAGUUCUCUUAUCAUUGUCUUCUCUAUGGGCGAAUCUUAGUUUUUGCCUCAUUGACAUAUUCUCAUCAUUAUCUGCUGAAGCUGAUAAAAUUAAACCUCUGAACAUUGAAAGAGCAUGACAAUUGCAAUCGGUUAUCCUUAAAAUUUAAGCUCGAUAUACUGAAUGGUUUCGAAGAAAUUCUCUUCUAAAAACUCAAAAUUUUAUAAAGAAUGUAUAGCUCUUUACCUUUUUUGCUACCCAGCAAUUUCCCAGUUUUCGAUUUUCUUCAAAAUUGCUUGCAAAGAGCUGAAAAUUGUGCAAAUUGCUCCAGGUAAUCAGCUCUUUCAACUUUUGAAUGUAUUGUGAUGCUUUCAAAAUUACCAAUUUCCGUGUUUCCUGUUUUAGCAGGUUUUGUCUAAAAUUAAUUACCAAACGGUGGUUUGAACCACUUGUUGUUGUUGACAUAAGCUGAACUUUUUAGCCGUAGGUACUAUGGCGUUUGACGUAAGAGUUGGACUGUAUGAUGACCCACCCGAUAAAGACACAGUCAAAUUUGUUCAAGCUACAGUCGAUGCACUUGCACUCCAGGGAAAGUUGAGUAGAGGAUGGGAAAGCCUGUUUUGGAAAUUCUUCACGACGCCAACAUACCGGAAAUUCUGUGAAGCACGAGAUACCUCAUACGCCAUGAGCCAAAAGAUUGUGGACAACAAGGUUGCGGAAUUAAAAAAAAUGGCAGAAGAAGGAAGGGCGUUUGAUGACAAUCAAAGUGAGUGUAACUUUGAUUUAUUUACAAAGUUUUUAAGCAAAACAAAAUAUACAAAAUCAUGUAAUUAAUUCGAAAUGGCAGAUCUAAGACGGCCGAUGAUGUUAGUCCCUUUCUUUUAUGAAUGACGUCAUCAUGAUGUCACUUCUAUUGUUUAAGAUUAGAGCGAUUUUCGUAUGACCUUGAAAAAUGGUUUUGGUAAGUGUUCGUUAUUUGUUUUAUCAGCCAAUGGAUGAAAAGAUCAAAACCCUUAUAUGGAGAAGGCAAUGUGAUUGGCCAAUCGUGUUGCAGUAUGACGUCAAAGCGAAGUAUCGAUUGAUUUCUAGAAAGUUCUUCGGGCAUGAAGUUUUUUCACCCGAGCGUUCGCUUAUUCGAUAAACUAAUCAGAUCGCUCUAUUUUCAUUUGUUUUUUUUUCUGUUUUGCUCGCUCGUUUUCGUUUCAAGAUCAUACGAAAGUCGCUCUCUCAAUGUGUUAGUCGACUUCAUGAUUUCUUCAGACAUAGGAAGAAACAAAAAUCAAACUGCGGUGAUAAACUUAAGACAUGACGUAUGGUAGGAAAAUGUGCUUAUUAAUAAAGCCUGCAAACUAAAAAAGGUCAAGUUUUUCACUGCUGACAUUUUUAUUUAUAGGGAAGGUUUUAGAUCCUUAAUCAGCAGAGUCUCCUUUUUUUUGCAAUGGGUGUCCAACCGUCAUCUUACCAAAAUUCCGAAAUGGUCCCGCAUGUCAUCUAUUCUUUCUUUCAUUAGUUACACCCUAAGUUUAAAUUUAUGUAAUUAUUCAACGGUUUAUACUUCUGAAGAUGUAUGUUUUAACAUACGAAACGUCAAGUUAAAGUUUUCUUUCCGCUCCAGAAAUGCGUUGAUAUUUCCUUAUGUUUAUCACCACAGUUCGCUUUUUGUUUGUUCUUUAGACAUGUUUCUUUAUAGCUAUUUCUAGAAGAAAGAGUGAUAAAUAUCGGACCAGUUAAUAAUUCAACGAUAUGACGUCAUAGUGAAGUCAAAUUACGUCAUUAGUGUCAAUCAGAUUAUACCUACAAUCCUGGACAAAAGUCCUUGUUAAAGUAAGAGCAUAACAGCAGUUCUACGUGUAUCACAAGAACUGUUCUAAAAAGAAGUGCUUUCAUUUAAAAAAUCCAUAACCCCUCCCCCUUCCCCACCCAAUACAAUGUCGAAAGAUCAAAGAAAUUCUGCCUUGACGGUUUCAACACUGUCCGUGGGGUGGGGGGAGGGGGUGGGGACGUGCAGUGUAAGUAGCGCGCGGAUAUGAAUUUAGUGUAUGUUAAAGCGCGUUCGAACUGUACAACUGUCCCAAGACUUUUGUCCAUGAUUGUAGAUGUUGAGAUUGUGGCAGAUACAUAAUUCUCGAUAUUAAGAAGUAAUUCGCGUAUGGCUUUCCUCGGUGCAUUGACUUCUAAAACUUUAAUGUGUAGUUCCAAAAAAUGUCCAUACCCCCCUCGGAGGGCACUUUUGUUUUAGACCCCCCAUCCCCCUGGAAUUUCCAUUCUAGGGGGUGCUUGUCAUACCCCCUUCCCCACCCACCCCCUAGAAUUUCCGUAAUUUUCCAACUCUGUUGGGAACCCCCUGGAAAGAAUGUUUCCGGAAAAAAUGCAUUUGCAUGAUACUUUUAUGCGAAAGAUAAUUGUUUCCGCGAUAAAGAGAGAAAAAAUCUUUUUUAUUCCUGUUAACACAGGGUCAAUCUCAAUUGAGAUUCUUUCCACUGAAAACGCCUCGCGCAUGAGGAAAGUUAUGCUGGCAAAGGGCACCGACGAUAACACACACCAGUUUCAGUUUUCAAACAAUUAAACCGUUUUGGUAAACUUUCAAAACGUUUAGUAAACUAACAGCGAGUACUUUGCUUAGCUUUUGCAUUUUUUUCCUCCUUUUACCGCGAUGAAGACCUAACUGUAGCAUUAUUUUUUUUCAGCUUGUCUUAUAUUUUUAUAUUUCAGCUGUACCUCUACUGACCUAUCUAUUAAUGAAAGGCGAACUCACUCCGGAAGAAAUUAAUAUGAAUUCAAUCGGAAUGUUCAGAGCAGGAGUUGAUACGGUAAACGCUUAAUUAUCUACACCUACACUAAUCACUGGGCAUAUAUAAGCGCAAUUUACAGAAUACAAAGACGAUAGAACUUGCUAAUCAGCCAAGCAAGCACAACAGUAGUAAGGUCUACUCGAAGUAAGUAUCCGGAUAUUUUUCAAAAUGGAGAUUCAUUUCCCUGUUUAGCCUUCGUUCCGCAUGUAUACUGCUUUGUCGGGUGCCAAAAACAAAAAUGUAGAAAUUCUUGAAAACGACGGCGGCUUAUCGUUUACGUGUGUACGGAAGAGAACGGAGGGUUUUUUGUGUGUUUUUGCACAAGAUCAUUGUUACAAGUGAAUUUAAGGCUAUGUUUACACGUGCCCACAUACCUCUCCCCUAAGUCAAUAUUAUAACAUUUUCUUCUCACUUAGGGCAAAAUGUUGGGUUAGGGGAGGGGUAGGUGGGCAGUUUCCCAGAAACCUAAAUCGAUCAGUUCACACUAUACUGUAUAGUAGGGGCAGCAAGCAACGGUCAAGGGCGGCACAAGUCAUGAGACGAACCAAACUUAGUGAGUUAAGUUCAUGAAAAGUUCGACAUCUGGCUCAGUUCGUCUCAAUGAGUUUGGAUCGUCCAACACGUUCUAUCCGUCUGCUUCAGUAGAACGUCUGACGAUCGUCUCCGGGACAAACUUCGAUCUCCACAUGCGACGAACUAAACUAAUAAAUUAAAAAUUUGUAUGAUAGUAUAUCUGACUGGAUUUAUGAAAACAUGGCUUCAGUAAGCGUCUAAAGGUCCUAUGCUAAGUGCGUCCUUGGUACCAAGACUUUGACCCUCCCCACCCAGGACAAUGGGUGACUGUCUGCACCUCCCACUGAGCUCUGCAAUUAUCAUGAUAAUCAUUCUAAACAGAGGCCUGAUUCACCUGGCUAGGGCAAAUUAAGACCAAGGCACUCGCCAGUCAAGGCCUGCACUGAACACUGCUGCUUACUGAAGGGGUUGUGUCAAAACAGCCCCCUCCCUACACCACUAGUUUUGACCCCAAGGCCUGAUCCACCCAUCCACUGGGCAGUCCCUGGGCUAUCCAGCUGUACCGACCAAGACGUCAAGCCCCCUACAUUUUUGGGCACCGGGCUGGCCUGGAGCCGGGCGGCGCCCGUCGCCAGGCGAAAACCCAGUGGCGGCGUUUUAACGAAAUCAGACAGAUAUAUUAUUUAGCCUUGUUCGAAAGAAAAUUUACUACUGGCCGACCAAAAUUGCGAAACGUCCUAAGUUCGACGUCUGACCCAAGAGACGAUCAUAACUUAAUUUGGGUCGACACAAAUUAGAGUUUGGUUCGUCCCAUGAAAAGUUCGACGGCUGGUCUAGGCUUUAGCUAACCAAGACAUUGAUCCACUGUUGAAAGUUUAUCUGUCCUUUCGUUAUAAUCGUGAAACCGCAAGGCGUGCACACUCGUGCUCAUAGCUUCUACUUUUUAUUGGUUAAGUGUGUUCUCAAAUGUGGUGUAGACCAUAUUUGGCAGCGAUUUCCGGCUUCUUUGAACUACGAACGUUGCCAUGGUCACCAAGUAAAGUUGAAAAAGGUGCAUUUUACCCCUUCGCAAUCAAAGUAGGUUCCAGGUACACUUACAUUAUGCUUAAAGCUCUUGAGUGAAGAUAACAAAUUUAGAUUGUUACGAGCACAAUUUAUCGUAGCCUACACCCUUCAUUCAUUAUCAUUAUUAUUAUUAUUACUAUUAUUAUUUGUUUAUUUAUUUAUCUAUUUUUUAGACAUCUAACGCAAUGCUGUGGCUUCUUUAUGAUUUGGCCAAUAAUCCCAAGGUGCAGGAGAGGGUGUAUGAAGAAGUACUCUCUCUUAUUAGUCCCCACGGUGAUUUCAACUCUGAGAAUUUGCAAAGUUGCAGUACAUUAAAGCUUGUGUGA